AUGGACGCUCCGGGAACGGUCUUUUACCUUGUUCCAAACAACAAAUAUGCCGCAGCGAUCGUUCAAGAUCCCGCGAAUCGCGACCGAGCAGCCCCCGCUGUCCCCCACAUCGAUUCAGGCGGGCCAGUCUUGAGAAUUGGACUAGACCAGCUGCCCAAAUGCCCACCAUACCUCAAAACCGGUGAGCUCCUUCUCCACGACCUAUCGGAAAAUCACGACACGCAACUCUACGAGAUCGUUCACAUCACCACCGAAGAUGGCGAAGAGGAGGAGUUAGGGCGUCCCCAGAUAUCGAAGACCCGUCGGCAAUGCGUCCUGGUACUCGCCUACGACGUCUACAACAAGCGUGACCGGAAGUGGAUCUUCAGAAUGCGUGACGCCGAGUUUCGCUUAAUACCACGAAGGACGCAAGGCCAAGACGAAGCGACACUCACCAAAGAGAGAUUGGCGUUCGUGGGCCAGACCGACCAUGAUCGGACAAUCGAAGGGACCAUGCAGCGACUCAUCACGCUAGGCCUGCAAUCCGAGGGAUUGACAACUACCUACAAGUCAGCGUCAACGAUCACCUUCAACCCCCAUAAUACUCGGCUCCAAACCCCACUUGAGCCUGAAAAAGACAAGGUAAUCCAAAUCACGAAGCUUAGACCGCUUGGAAGAGGGGGCCAAGGUGAGGUGCACAAGGUGGUUGAUAUGUAUACCGGCGCGCACCACGCUUGCAAAUUCGUCGCCGUGAAGGCGGAGGUACCUCAAUGGAAGAUCUAUUCGGAGGAGGGUGCGCUGGUAGGAUAG